AAUGUAGCUAAAGUCUUUGGAUUCAAGAAACAUGCGUUUAUGGAUGUGGAAGCUGCUUCAGGUAAUUCUGAUUUCAAUCUACGUUCUCCUUCAGAUUCUUUCGUAUUACCAAAUGAAUUCUAGACUAGACACUGCUCUGCUGCGAAUAAAAAAGUUAGAAGAUCUUUUAGAUGAAAGAGGAAGCAAUGAGAACAUUCAGACAGCAGUCAGAAAUUCAAAGCAAGAAAUACCUAUGUCUGGAAAACUCACAGACGUCCCAAGACACGAACAUGUCAGGCUCAAAAGAUCUUCAUUAACGAGCAGAGAUGUUGAACUUGAUGGAAUCAUCAAGAGAUUACAAUUUGUCGAAAGUAGUAUGUUAGCAAACAGUACAAGUCGGCCAAGUCACUACUGUUUACGGGGUCCACCGGGUUUGCAAGGCCUCCCGGGUAGAGACGGGUUACCGGGAAAUACGGGACCCCCUGGAGCAGAAGGAAGGAUUGGACCACCAGGGAGAGACGGUAGACCUGGCGCUAAUGGUCGUGAUGGAGUAGCAGGCAGAGAUGGGAUGCCAGGAAGAGACGGUGUGCAAGGGGUGCCGGGUAGUUUGGACGUUACGUCAUCGCGGCCAAGCCAGUGGUAUUUUUAAGAAAAAGAAUCCUCGAAAAAGAAUAGCUUCUUUUGUUUAAUAUCAACAACAUGGCACGCGAUAACAUAAGCUCCUCUUUCUAAGGUCGCUCAUAAUAAAAUGUAGAAUUAGAAAAGAAAAAAAAAAAAGGAAUGAAAUUGCUUCGUGUGCACCAAGCAAGGUUCUGCUGAGGAUGGAAUCCACGACCUGCUCUCCCACCUCCC